AUGUCCUCUGCUCAUGAUGCCACCACCAAGAUCUCCAUUGACAAGUUCGACGGCGACAACUACGCGACAUGGAGCCGCUACAUGCGUGGCGUGUUCCUGACCAAGUCGACGUGGCACGUGGUGAACCGGGAGACGUCACCGACCUACGCGGACGAUCGCGCCAUGGACGACUACGUCAAGGCCAACAACAUCGCUUUCGGAUUGAUGUUGCUGCACAUGGACGCAGACUACCAUCACAUCGUCGAUGACUGUGAAGAGGCGUGGGUCGCGUGGGCGCGUUUGAAGACGCUGUACGGCGGGUCGCAGAAGGCUGGACGCAUCUACUUGAAGCGCCAGCUGUUCAGCAUGGAGAUGGCGGAAGGCGGCAAUGUGAUGCAUCAUUGCAACGAAGUCCUCAACAUCAGCGCGAACCUCAGCAGCAUCGGCGCCAAGAUGGAGGACGAGGACGUGGCGAUCUGCUUGUUGCGCAGCCUCCCCAAGAGCUACGAGAACGUCGUUCUCAGCUUGGAGAUGAGCAACGCGGAACUGCGAUCGCGAGACGUCGUGAGAGUGCUCACGAAUGAGCACAUCAAGAGACAAGGUGACAAGACGACAUCGGUGAAGACUGAAGACGCGGCGAAGGCGUUCAGUGCCGAGCGUGAACCUCGCCAGUGUACAUACUGCGGAAAAUUGGGGCACACGGCGGAGCGGUGCUGGACCAAGCAGAAGGACGAAAAUCAAGGUGGAGCUCGACGCGGCGGCAACAAUGCUCGUAGACGCGGAGCCAACAACGUUCAGUGGCGAACCAACAGCAACUACGACGACAACUACGAUCGAGUUGCGUUCACGGUUUCGCUGGAGGCUGGACUUUCGACGAGCAAGAAUAUGCCAGGGAUGUGGGCAGUCGACAGCGGUGCGACGCAUCACAUCUGCAACGACAAGGCCAAGUUUGCAAGCCUGAAUGAGCGAGAGGAAGGCGAACUAUCAGUGGCUGAUGGCAGCAAGGCUGCGAUCAAGGGUGUGGGAACCAUCAUGGAACGGGUGGUUCUGCCCAAUGGUGACGAACGCGACAUCGAAAUCAAGGAUGCAUUGUUCGUGCCGAAGAUGAACAAGAAUCUGUUAUCGGUGCCGCAGAUUUACAAGGGUGGCAAGUUUCAAGUCGUGUUCGAUGGAUCCAAGAUGCAAGUGAAGCGCAAGAAUUCCACACAAGUCGUGGCAACGGCGGACCUCGUCGAUGGACUUUACUGGCUGCGGACUACUCAACGAUCGGCGAAUGCAGCAACACGCAAUGGGACUAUCGACUUGCAUGCGCGCAUGGGUCAUGCACCCCUCGAAGUUCUGCGCAAGAUGGUGGCCACCGGCAUGAUCAAGGACGCAAAGGCACCUCUCAACUCGACUGGUCCAAGUGUGUGUCGCGGUUACCAGCAAGGAAAGAUGUUGCUGCACUUUGACACCUGCGGGCCAAUGGAACAAGUCUCGAUCGGCGGCAGCAGAUACUUACUGCUUGUGGUUGACGAAGCCAGCGGUUGCAUGAAGGGCUUCUGUCUGCGGUCCAAUUCUGAGAGUGAAGUCUGUAUCAAGAACCACAUUAUCAAGAUUCAGAAUCAGUUCGGCACGAAGAUCAAGUUUGUUCGGCACGAUGGAGCGCAUGAGUUUGCGACCAACUCGAUCAAGACCUUCUACGAAGAUCAUGGUAUCGAACAACAGGUCACGGUGCCGUAUGCACACCAGACCAACGGCACCGCAGAACGCGCGAUAAGGACCAUCGUCACGAUCGGACGGAGCUUGUUGCAUCAUGCAAAGCUGGAGAAGCGUUUCUGGGCUGAAGCGGCAAUGACGGCGAUCUACAUCAAGAACCGCCUGCCUUCACCCAAGAUCGACCACGAGACUCCGUUCGAGAUCGUGUACAAGUCGAAACCAAGUGUCAAGCACAUGCGCGUGUUUGGAUGUCGGGCGUUUAUCCUGACCCCAAGGGAGAAGCGAUUGAAGUGGGACCCGAAGGCUCGUGAAGGGAUGUUCAUGGGCUACGAAGAAGCGUCAAAAGCUUAUCGAGUGUACGACAUUGAGGCGGGCCAAGUGGUGAUCAGUCGUGACAUCACCUUCGACGAAUCGACUUUUGACUUUUCGAUGGACCGACCAAGUGACGAUGAUGAAGAUGCGGAGUUGGACCUCGACCUCCUAGCGAUCAACGAGGACGACGUGCGUCAAACCGUCUACAAGCAGACUGGCAAGCGCAAGAGUGAAGCAAGACCCGGCAUGUCACGUUCAGCUCGCCCUCGAACUGGGUUGGAACAAGCAAGUGCGCCGGAACACGUCUCCAACCGUCACCAGAAACGACAAUCAAGUGCUCCAGAAACGAUGUCUGAUGACGAAGAAGAUGCGAGCGUCUACAAUCAAGAUGACGCCUCGACGCCUCCAACAUUUUGGCGUGCCAGUGCAAACGCAGUGGAAGCAACGGACCUAGCAGAACCUGUGACUUUUCAAGACGCGAUCAAUGGUCCUGAUCAAGCUCACUGGCGAAAUGCUGUGAAGGCGGAACUCAAGUCGAUGCAUCUUCGUGGAGUUUUCCGUGCGGCAAAACUGCCAAGAGGCCAAGGCGCGAUAGGCACCAAGUGGGUGUUCAAGAUCAAGCGCAAAGCGGAUGGAUCGGUCGAGAAAUACAAGGCGCGUCUCGUUGCCAAGGGCUUCAAGCAGAAGUACGGCAUCGACUACACAGAGACGUUCUCGCCCGUGGUCAAGUACGUGACACUGCGUAUGGUGAUCGCGAUCACCAAGUAUUUCGACUGGCCACUGGACCAAGUCGAUGUGGUGACAGCCUUUCUCUACGGAGUGAUGAAGGAGAAGGUGUACUGCGUGAUACCAGAAGGCGUCGAGAUGGAUGGAGACUUCGACUGUCUCGAGUUGGUGAAGGCGAUCUACGGUCUCAAGCAAGCUUCACGUGUGUGGAACAAGACUUUCGACGAGUUCGUUGUCGACGGUCACUGUGUGCUCGUGCUGGUCUACGUGGAUGACGUGUUGGUCACCGGCAGCUCGCUCGAGUUGAUUGCGCAGACGAAGGCCGACCUCAAGACGCGUUUCGAGAUGACCGACAGUGGCAAGUGUACUUUUGUACUGGGCAUCGAACUGGUGGACGAAUCGGAUGGCAGCGUGACGAUGUGCCAGCGACGGUAUGUCAACGACAUCCUCAAGCGCUUCGGCAUGGAUGAGUGCAAGGCCACAGCAAUUCCGGUCGACUUGAGCACUCGGCUUGUCGCAAGCAGCGAAGCGGCCAAGAUCGACGUUCCGUUUCGUGAAGCUGUGGGAGCUUUGAUGCACUUGACGACUACGACGCGCCCGGACAUUGCGUAUGCUGUGGGUUACGUCUCGCGCUUCAUGGAGAAUCUCACGGCAACAACAUUGGACGGCGGUGAAGCGCAUCUUUCGUUACUUACCAGGGACCAAGUCCGCACGGACUCCGCUUCCAGCCAAGCGACAAGAUCAGCUUUCGUGGCUACUCGGACGCGUACUGGGCCGGCGACCACGCUGAUCUGA